AUGGCAGGAAGUCCGGACCAUAAUGGAGAUGAUGAAGACCCCGGGGACACGAUGAUUCGCUUCCAGAGCUACUUACAUGGAGGAACCUCCAGCUUGCUGUCUGCCCUUCCCUCCUUCCUCGUCUUCCCUGUCUACAAAACCAUUUUUCGCCAACAAAUCCACAACACCCCGGUUGGCCAGGCGGUGGGACAGCUCUGUAAAGAGGGGCCUGUGAAGCUGUACAGGGGCGUGGCUCCACCCGUGCUGAUGAGGACGCUGAACGGCACGCUGCUGUUUGGCCUCCAGGACACACUCCUCCGUCAGCUCACACUGUCGUCCCAAAAUGUCCUCCCUGCGGCAGCUCUGCCGGCUCUGGCUGGGUUUGGAGCAGGGUUGGUGGAAGCUGUGGUUUUCACUCCAUUCGAGCGGGUUCAGAACGUGCUGCAGAACGGCCAAAACGACCGUCACCUACCCUCCUUGAGGAGCGUUCUUGUGACCCUGAAGUCGCAGAGGAUGAGCUAUGGCUACUACAGAGCCUUCCUCCCCAUUGCAGCUCGUAACGCUCUGGGCAGCUCCCUCUACUUUGGACUGAAGGGUCCUGUGUGCGUCGUCGUGGCGGGACAGGGCCUCUCCCCCAUGACCUCCUCCUUUGUCUCGGGAACGCUGACCUCGAUGGCGAUCAGCUUGGCUCUGUACCCGCUGUCUGUGCUGGUGGCAAACAUGCAGGCACAGGUGGGCGGGGAGGGGAAAGGUGUUGUUGCAUGCUGGAAGGCCUUGUGGAAAUCUCGGCAUGGGAGCGUGGCUCUUUUGUACCGAGGAGGUUCCCUCGUUAUUUUGAGAUCGUGCAUCACGUGGGGAAUCGCCACCGCCAUUUAUGACAAGCAGGAGAAGCGAUCGUGUUGA